GCAGAAAAUGAGUGCUGUCAGCUGAGCUAGGAUCCCAAUUGAGUCAGUGCUUUACCUUAUUUCUCAAUGCUCACCGUAAAGUUCAGCAAUGCCAACUGUUGAGAGUGAAGCCAAGGUAAAAACCAAAGUUCGCUUUGAAGAAUUAUUGAAGACCCACAAUGACUUAAUACGUGAAAAGAAAAAGCUGAAGAAAAAACUCAGAGAUGACAUCUCACUUGACAUUAUUAAAAGCAGCUCUCAGAGUAUUAAAGAAGCUAAAAGUGGUGAUGUAAGCUGUACUAGCGUUAAUACGCUGGAGAAGAGCAUGGGAGUUGCCAAGAACAAGCUGAGGAAUUCACAACUGGCACCUGAAAAUCCAAAUGGUGGUGUUAGUGAAGAGGAAGAUGAGGAGGGGAAGCCACACAAAAAUGUUCCAAAGGCAGCACAAAAAAGGGAACCACAGCCUCCUGAGAAGAAAAAUUCCAUGUAUCAGAAAUCGCGAACAAAGUCCCAGUCAGGUAUAGAGUAUCAGGAAAGUGGGAAAGCAAAUGAGGGGAGAGAAAAUAAUGAUAUGGUAAGAGGGGAAGAAGAACUGAUGCAAGCCUAUCAGCUCCAGGCAGCCGAAGAGAUGGCAAAGGAGAUUAAGAAGAAAAUAAGAAAGAAACUAGAUGAACAUUUAACCAACUUUUCCUCAGAUACUUUAUUGCCUGAUGACAAAUUGAGCAGUGAAAAAAAAAGAAAAAAAAAAAGGAAAGUUCCACUCCUGCCCAAAGCUGAAACAAGCACAUUGACUGUCUCUGAUGAUGCAGUGGAAAGUGAACAAAAGGAGGAAUCCUCAGGUGGAGCUGUUAUUUCAGAUUCUCACCAAGAUGGUGAAAUGAGCUCAAUGGAACAAAAUACAGAUGACAACUUGGCAAAGAACACAAAAUCCAAACCAAGGAAAAUAAAAAAGAAGACUAAAGCAGUUUCAGAUAAUAAUGAAGAAAUUAAUGAGGAUGGUGUCCAUGAGGUGACAAACCAAGACAAUCCAGCUAAUCCCAAAAAUAUACUUGAUAAUGGCCUUGUCUUAGGAGUUUACAUUCACCGAACUGAUCGACUGAAGUCAGAUUUUAUGAUUUCCCACCCAAUGGUAAAAAUUCAUGUGGUUGAUGAGAAAACUGGUCAGUAUGUCAAGAAAGGUGACAGUGAGCAUUCUGUGUCUUCCUACUGUGAAAAUGAGAAGGUGGAUUAUAUUCUUCCUAUCAUGACACAGCCAUAUGAUUUCAAACAGUUAACAUCAAGACUUCCAGAGUGGGAAGAACAAAUUAUAUUUAGUGAAAAAUUUCUCUAUUUGCUUCAAGAUAUUGAUGAGGGUCCUAAGGUGAUCCUUUUCUUUGAGGUACGAAUUGAAUAG